UGCAGCUCGCGAGGCGGGUCCCGGCAGCAGCAGCAGCCGCCCCGCGCGAGGCGGCCUCGGCGAGCCCCGCUGCUCCUGCCCCUGCCCCUGCCCCGGCCGCCCCAUGGCCGCGGCCCCGCUGGGCGGCGCCGCCGCCGGGAGCCUGCUGCAGUUCCUGAGGCUGGUGGGGCAGCUCAAGAGAGUACCACGAACAGGCUGGGUGUACAGGAAUGUAGAGAAACCAGAGAGUGUGUCAGAUCAUAUGUACAGGAUGGCAGUCAUGGCUUUGGUAACUGAAGAUAAACAACUUAAUAAAGACAGAUGUGUACGACUAGCUCUGGUUCAUGAUAUGGCUGAAUGCAUUGUUGGAGAUAUAGCACCUGCAGAUAACAUCUCCAAAGAGGAGAAACAUCAGCGAGAGGAGGCAGCUAUGAAACAUUUGACCCAGCUGCUAUCAGAAGACCUGAGAAAAGAAAUCUAUGAACUCUGGGAAGAAUAUGAACACCAGUCUACAGCAGAAGCCAGAUUUGUAAAAGAGCUGGAUCAGUGUGAGAUGAUACUCCAAGCAUCUGAGUAUGAAGAGUUGGAAAAAAUGCCUGGAAGACUGCAGGACUUCUAUGAUUCAACAUCAGGAAAAUUUAAUCACCCAGAAGUAGUUCAACUUGUGUCUUCCAUUAAUAUAGAAAGAAAUAAAAAAAUAGCUGCUACAGCAAGUGAGCCCUGCACUUGAGGCAUUUUAAAACUUCUGUAGCUAAAAUAAAAUAUUUAUUUUACUUCUUGUAGUGUUUUGCUGCUCCAGCAUCACUCAUUUUUCCAGGAGUGUUUUUUUCUUUCUAUUAAGUGCUGGGAAUCCACAGAAAAAUAUAGAUCAGUGAAAUUGGCAUCCUAUGCUAUCAAAUGCAAAAUUAUCCUGAGAUCAAACUAGGUUUGUGUCUUUUUUUUAGUUUGAUGCAACCUGUUUAACUUGUAUAGACCCAAUUUUGUUCAUUAUGAAAUACAGUAGAACCUCAAAAAGGUACAAACACCAGAGUUACGGACUGACUGGUCAACUAGACACCAUGUGAAACUGGAAGUAACCAAUCA